GGAAGAAUGUCCCUUACAUUGGUGGUCAGUGGGGAGAAUGUCCCUUACAUUGGGGGUCAGUGGGAAGAAUGUCCCUUACAUUGGGGGUCAGUGGGAAGAAUGCUCCUUACAUUGGUGAUCAGUGGGAAGAAUGUCCCUUACAUUGGUGGUCAGUGGGGAGAAUGUCCCUUACAUUGGGGGUCAGUGGGAAGAAUGUCCCUUACAUUGGUGGUCAGUGGGAAGAAUGGUCCUUACAUUGGGGGUCAGUGGGAAGAAUGUCCCUUACAUUGGUGGUCAGUGGGAAGAAUGGUCCUUACAUUGGGGGUCAGUGGGAAGAAUGUCCCUUACAUUGGGGGUCAGUGGGAAGAAUGUCCCUUACAUUGGGGGUCAGUGGGAAGAAUGUCCCUUACAUUGGGGGUCAGUGGGAAGAAUGUCCCUUACAUUGGUGAUCAGUGG